GCCCAUUAAGUAUUCGAAAACAGUAAUAAGAGUUCGAUCAUCGUAAUGAAACAGUUGUGGAUUUUGUACAGUGCUCUAGUGGUGACCUACGCUCAACUUCCGGGAUUCAGCUUUGGUACUAGUGGGUUUGGGAGAUUUGCACUUUCAAAUCCGUUGUUUAAUGCUUCGUUCGCGGCCACGAAUCCGAUAGAUCGUGUAUCAGACAUCGCGUCUAGAGCUAGAAGUUUGGCAAACACCGUUCAACAGAAUCUUCCGAAAGUACCACAACUUCCGAAUCCUCUAUCGGCGUUUUCUAGAUUUGCUAGGCCAUCGGGAUCGAGUAGUUCAACCAAUUCGAACACGAACUAUAAUCAGAACACUAAUGACAACAGAGUGGGCCAGGGUGUUGACUCCGCCAGGAAAGCGAUUAAUGAUGUAGUAAGCGCCAUACCAAGAGUCUCUGGAUUACCACGAAUACCUGAUAUACCGGAGAUACCUGGAUUAUCAAAUUUCGGAGCCCCAAGAGAUGUGUUUAAUUCUUUCGUGAAUUCUUUGAAUAAUAUAACAAAUGGGCAGGGAAUCUCCAAUCCUGAACAGAUGUUUAGUAGGAUUAAUAACUUUCUACCUGAAGUAUCGAGCCUAGUAGAUAAGAUUGCGAACUUUGCUAAAUCCGCUACCAAUUCUGGCAUUUGGUCGAACAUAUCUAACGAUAUUAAGAAUGAAAUACAAAGUAGAGUCGCUUCACUGUCUCAAGGGUUCUCGAAUAUAACUUCUGCCAUAGAGAAGAUCGGCCAAAACAUACCCAAUUUAAUACAAGAUCAAAGGCUCAAUACGACACUUCGAAACGAACCGUUCUUUUUUCCUAAUCGCUCGGUCAUCGUUCAUCUGUUUGAGUGGAAAUUCGACGAUAUAGCUGAAGAGUGCGAGAAAGUGCUCGGACCUAAUGGAUAUGGUGGCGUACAGGUGUCCCCGAUCAAUGAAUACUUGGUAUCGUCAUCACGAGCUUGGUGGGAGCGUUACCAACCGAUUUCCUACGAAAUUAAGUCAAGGUCGGGUAACGAAAAACAGUUUUCCGAUAUGGUGAAACGUUGCUUAAAGUCGGGUAUACGAAUCUACGUGGAUGUAGUGUUCAACCACAUGGCUGCUCCCGGAGCAUCAUCCCCGCUGUAUGGGACUGCAGGAUCAACCUGCGAUCCACAGGAUAGAGACUAUCCAUCUGUGCCGUUCAACCAAUCUCAUUUCCAUACUGCGUGUCAGAUUAGUAAUUAUAAUAAUGCAACUAACGUCCGAAGUUGUGAACUGGGGUCUCUACCGGACUUGGAUCAAUCCAAUCACUAUGUGAGGCAGAAAAUCGUCAGGUUUUUGAACCACCUGCUCGAUCUCGGCGUAGCUGGGUUCAGAGUAGAUGCGGCCAAGCACAUGUUACCUGCAGAUCUAAAAGCCAUUUACGAUAGCCUGAAAUCUGUUAAUCCAAUGUUUCUUUUUCCUCCUGGAGCUAGACCAUUCAUAUAUCAAGAAGUGAUUGAUCUGGGAAAUGAAGCCGUUUCAGCUAAAGAAUACACAAAUCUUGGAGUUGUAACGGAUUUCGCCUGGGGCCUUGUGAUAGGUGACAUCUUCCGGGGAUCCCUCAGCGCAGAUGCCCUACAAAUUCUUACUAAGAAUGGCUCUUCCGGAGCACUUCUCCCAUCGAAUCAGGCACUAAUAUUCGUAGAUAACCACGAUAAUCAAAGGGGCCAUGGAGCUGGUGGAGCAUCGAUUCUAAACUACAAGACGAAACCGCAGUACAUCCAGGCGGUAGCGUUCACACUUGCCACCGAUUAUGGAAUUGCCAGAGUUAUGAGCUCGUAUGAUUUUUCAAAUUCUGAUCAAGGACCCCCGCAAGAUGCAGUGCAGAUUAUAAAAUCACCAGGCUCUGCAGCGAAUGGCUCAUGCACCAACGGUUGGGUGUGCGAACACCGUUGGCCUGAGAUAAGGAGAAUGAUUCAAUUCAAAAACUACGUGGCCGGUACCUCUUUGGAUCACAUUCAGGCUACGCCGAAUACAUUUGCUUUCUGCCGUGGAGAGAAGGGAUUCGUCGUUCUCAACAAUUCGGAAAACACCAUCACCCAAGUGUACCACACGUGUCUUCCUCAGGGCCAGUAUUGUGAUAUCAUUUCUGGGGAACUAUCACAGGGUGCCUGCUCAGGAACUGUCAUCAAUGUGAAUGAAAAUGGAGAUGCAGAAAUUACGCUGGCCAAGAAUUCCAUUGUAGCUCUUUAUUUGCCUUCGAAGUUGCCAUGAAAGACAUGUUGAACUAACAUUAUGAUUUAUUAUUACAGUUUCGAACUUCCAUUAGCAAAAUUUUACCAUUAACUAUGAAACCUAUCCGUCUAUUAAAUAGAAACUCAAUAAGAAACUA